AUGGUGGAUGAGAACACACGGAUGCAUCCAUUGGCACUCUGGCAGCAGAUAUCUAGGGCUCAGCGCGUGUGUCACCGUAAGGAGGGCGUCCGCCCUGACGCGGCUCCGCCCUCCACCACCCCGCCAAUCUCGCGGGCGAGCCACGCCCGCUCCAUCCCAGCAACGUCACCAGCGUGGUCCAAGCCCGGAGAUCUGCACUCCCUCGUGCCCCCGCCUGCCACCACCGCCCGGUCCCGUGCCCUCCCUCUCACACAAUCGAGACGAACGCCAUCUCCGUCGCCCAUCUUCCAACCUCCUCCCCACGCCGCCAUUUGUGCCUCCUUCAUCGCUAAGGUCAGUGUCGCCCUAGAAGAUGGGUCCACGCCUAAACCGCUCGCCCCCGUCGUGCCCCCGCUCCCCCCACAUGAUUCUCGAUCCUGGCCCACGACCGAGAUCGCCGCCGAGAACCCCCUGACGAGACCGUUUGCAGCCGUCCUCUCCAAGACGAGAUCGCCGUCGAGCCCCCUCCCCUCGAGCCCCGUACCCCGCCCAAGAUUCCAGAUCUACGCCCGAUGUGGGCGUGUGGUUGCGUCGAGCGCGUGGCCGCGAGCCUCUUCGUCGUCCCCCACGCCGUUGGAACACCGCUGUCAUCAUCGGGGGUCACAGUCGUGGUGGGCCUCGCACUCAUCUGUCGUCGCCCUCAACGCCGCAUCGCCCUCUUCAUCGAACCAUAGCUCUUCGCCUACAUCUCCGGCAGCAGAUGAGUCCACCAUCUCCUCAAAUCUGAUGGCCCUCGGCGACAGCGCCACCACGUCGUCGGUGGCCAAGCUCUCCAUCUCCGGCGCGGACCUCACGGUGCUUCUACAUAGUUGCCUCAGCUGCAACCAGCGACUGAAACAACCUCCUCUUCGACCAUGCUUCGCACCUGCCCACGCCAUCGGUCGCUCUCUCGGACUACACCGACACCGAUGCCACGACGACCCCUCCUGCCCUCGUGCUCUCCUCGUCGUCCUCUUCCCGGUGCUUUCGCACCCAUGGGUGCAUGCAUUCGUCUCUCUCAUCAUGUUCCCAUGCUUUUUAGUUCCUCACAUGGUUCAUGCCCGUCGAUUGAUUCAAUGUUCUUGUCUCUCUGAUGCCAUAGGAGGACGAGGAGGUGGCUGACGGGCUUCGAUUGGCGGAUGGCGCGCCGGAUCAGAGCAGUCGAGCGAGCUUUGGGGAUUUCCUAAUGACACUUCAGAUGAAUCGACCAAAAGAAUCUCCCUGUAGCAACUACAUAUUUAUUUUUCUUAGACCCUCCUUACCUGUGAUGCCCAUUUUACUGGUUUGCCUACAAUGAGCUCUGAUGUCAAUGGAGAAUUUGUCAUGGAUACCAAAUCUGUCCUGUCAGUAAUGCCAGUGUUUGAUUUCUGGAUCCAAGUUGUUGAAGUCCCAAAUGUCUCUUGGGAGGAUAUUGGUGGGCUGGAGAAUGUCAAGAGAGAGCUC